AUGAACCUCUGUUGGAGUGAGAUUAAGAAGAAAUCCCAAAAUAUUAGGGCUCGGCUGGAGGCACUCUCUGAUCACAGUGGCAAGCUGCAGCUGUCUUUGCAAGAGAUCAUUGACUGGCUGACCCUGAAAGAUGAGGAAUUAUCUGAGCAGCUUCCCUUCACAGGAGAUAUUGGUGCAGUGCAGCGGUACAAUGAGUUUCACUCGGCCUUCAUGGAGGAUGUGAAGACGAAGGGCCCCUUCAUACUGGCAACUUUGGAGUCAGCCCAAGCAUUCCUAUCCCAGCAUCCUCUCGAAGAGGCAGAAGAACCAGCACAAGACAAAGAUAUGUCACCAAAGCAGAAAAUCCAGAAUGUGAGCCGGUUCAUUUGGAAGCAGGCUAAUGUAUCAAGUGAAAUGUGGGAGAAGCUGAGUGCUCGCUGUAUUGACCGACACAGGCACAUUGAGAGAACGAUGGAGAGACUUCUGGAGCUCCGAGGUACGAUGGAUGAGCUUAAUCUUGCCCUAGAUCAAGCUGAGGCUGUUCGAGAUUCCUGGGAACCAGUGGGAGACCUCUUCAUUGAUUCACUACAGGAACAUAUUGAGACAACUAAGGUAUUUAAAGAAGAACUUGGAGCUGUAAAAGAUGGCAUGAAAAUUGCCAAUGACUUGGCUCACCAACUUGCAAUCUCAGAUGUACAUCUUUCCACAGAAAACGCACAGCGUCUGGAGGAACUGACAUCAAGGUGGCAGGCUUUGCAAACUUCCAUAAAUGAACGCCUCAAGCAGCUUCAAGAUGCUCACCGCGACUUUGGCCCAGGGUCCCAGCAUUUUUUAUCGACUUCUGUCCAGGUUCCCUGGGAGAGGGCCAUCUCACCAAACAAAGUGCCAUAUUACAUCAAUCAUCAGGGCCAGACCACAUGCUGGGAUCACCCAAAGAUGACCGAAUUGUACCAGUCACUUGCUGCUCUGAAUAACAUCAAAUUCUCAGCCUACAGAACUGCCAUGAAAUUGAGGCGUGUGCAGAAGGCACUCCGCUUGGACCUGCUGAGCAUGGCCAGUGCCUCCAAUAUCUUCACUCAGUACAAGCUACAGCAAAGUGACCAGACAAUCGAUGUUCUGGAAAUCAUCCAGUGCCUCACUGCCAUGUAUGAUCACCUUGAGCAGGAGCGUGGGAUCAUCAUUAACGUGCCUCUCUCUGUGGACAUGUGUCUUAACUGGCUCCUCAAUGUCUAUGACACUGGUCGCAAUGGAAAGAUCCGAGUUCUAUCCUUCAAGACUGGAAUUAUCACUUUGUGCAAUGCAGAGGUGGAGGAGAAAUAUCAGUACUUGUACAAGCAAGUGAGUGACUCAGCAAGUCUGUGUAAUCAGCGCCACCUCAGCCUUCUCCUACAUGAAGCCAUUCAGAUCCCACGCCAGCUUGGCGAGGUAGCAGCAUUUGGUGGAAGCAAUGUGGAACCCAGUGUCAGGAGCUGCUUUCGGUUUGUUAAUGAUAAACCAGUAAUUCAAGCCACCCACUUCCUGGAGUGGAUGAAAUUGGAGCCCCAGUCGAUGGUCUGGUUGCCGGUCCUACAUCGUUUAAUAACUUCAGAAGCUGCAAAACACCAAGCCAAAUGUCACAUCUGCAAGCAAUGCCCAAUUAAAGGCUUUAGAUACCGCAGUUUGAAGCAGUUUAAUGUUGACAUCUGCCAAACAUGUUUCUUGACAGGAAGGGCAAACAAGGGUCACAAACUACAUUACCCCAUCAUGGAAUACUGUGUCCCUACUACGUCAGGAGAAAAUGUGCGGGACUUUGCCAAGACAUUGAAAAACAAAUUCAGAACCAAGCAAUAUUUUAGCAAGCAUCCGCAAAGAGGCUACCUACCUGUCCAGUCAGUGAUGGAAGGUGACAGCAUUGACACGUAA